AGAAAGCGGAAGCAGGUGGGGGAAAAACAAAGAUGGCUGCCCCCGUGUUCCAUGCGUGUGCUGUGUUAUGGUGUGAUCCGUGCACUUUCCUCUUCAAUCUGCAGCACUAACACCGUUAACACCGCUGUAAACUUAUUUAUUUUCCGCGUGUAUAUGUCAAAUACGUAAACAUGAAACCGAAAUUCAAGCGAAAAGGAGGCGGAAAGGGCAAACAGUCCAAAGAUAAGCUCCAGAAAUUCAUGGUUUCUGUGCAGAACUUUGUGGAAAGGGAAGGAGGACACGAUGAAGCGGAGUCACGCGGCUACACGGAGAUGCUCGCUAAAAGGAAAAGUCGGAAAGAAAUGCGCAAAGAGAAGCGGAAGCUGAAGAACAGGAAAAAGAAAGGAAAGCAGCCGGUAGAGGAGAGUAAACAGAGCGUCGAUGUGGAAGAUUCUCCACAAAAACCUCCACCAGCCAUAAAAACCAAACCUCCAUCAAACCCUGCUGGUGCUGAGCUCAGGGAUGUGGAGAAGAAGCCUAAAAGAAAGGUGCGUUUCGAGGAAACAGCGCCGCAGCCUGAAAAGAAAGCUAAAGUGCAGACCAUGAGGAAGAAAGCGCUUAUAGAAGCUAAUGAGGUGGAGGAUAGAGAGAUCAGGAAGCUGGAGAAACGUCUGGGGCUCCAUAAGAGGAAGAACAAGAAGAGCCUUCCACAGUCGUUCGUCAACGACGGCCUCGAUUACAUUCUGGGCAUCCUGGAGCCUGGAGGCUCUGGGUUAUACGCUAGCGAUGAGGAAGAGGAGUCAGACAAGGCUAAGAGAGGGCUGGAGAAGUUAGAGGAGAUCAGUGAGGAUGAGGACGAGGGGUCUGAACACAUUGGUGAUGAGGAGGAAGAAGAUCUAGGUGGAGAUGGGGAGGAGAUUGAAGAAGAGGAGGAGGAAGAAGUAGAAGAAGAAGAUGAGGAAGAAGUAGAAGAAGAAGAGGAGGAAGAUGAUGAUGAAGGAGGAGAAGAAGAAGAGGAGGAGGAGAUAGAUGAUGAAGAAGAGGGAGAAGAAGAAAAGGAAGAGGGCGAAGAUGUGUCAGAAGAAGCGGAUGAGCAAGAUGAUGAAGAUGAAAACACUUCCCAGGAUAAGUCAUCUAGCAGUGAGGCAGCAGGUAAAUACGUCCCUCCUCAUCUCCGUGAAGUAAACGACAGCAAGCGUAAAGCUGAGCUGGAGCGGCUCAAGCGCAACCUGAAAGGUUUGAUAAACAGGUUGAGUGAACCCAACAUGGGCUCCAUCAGCGGCCAGGUGGAGGAGAUGUACAUGAGCAACAGCAGGAAGGACAUGAACGAUGCGCUGACUGAAGUCCUGAUGGCCGCUUGCAUCACACCGGCACUGAUGCCUGACAGGCUGCUGAUGGAGCACAUGUUGUUAGUCAGUGUCCUGCAUCACACGGUUGGACUGGAGGUCGGUGCUCAUUUCCUGGAGACUGUGGUGCGGCGCUUCGAUGAGACCCAGCGCGACGACUCCAUCACGGGUAAAGAGAGCUCUAAUCUGGCCUCCAUGAUGGCCCACAUGUACAACUUCCAGGUGGUGCACUCGCUGCUGCUGUUUGACGUGCUGAAGCGACUGUUGGCGUCGUUCACGCCGCAGGACGUGGAGCUCAUGCUGCUACUGCUGAGGAACGUGGGCUUUUCCCUGAGGAAGGACGACCCUCUGGGUCUGAAGGAGUUGAUAUCUGAAGCCCAAUGCAAAGCCAGCGCAGAGGGGCCACGAUUCAGCGACGAAACCAGAGUGCGGUUCAUGUUAGAGACCAUGCUGGCACUGAAGAACAACGACAUGCGGAAAAUUCCGGGUUAUGACCCCGAGCCUGUGGAGAGACUGAGGAAGCUCCAGCGCUCUCUGAUCCAGAACCGGGCGAGUGGCACGGAUGUGAAGCUCAGGGUUUCGUUGGAGAAUCUUCUGGAAGCACAGAGCGUCGGUCGCUGGUGGAUCGUCGGCUCGUCCUGGAGCGGAGCGCCCAUGAUUAAUGACGAGAAACCGACUGCGAAGCCUGUUAAAGGAGAACAGUUCAGUGCCAAAGUGCUGGAGCUGGCACGGAAACAGCGCAUGAACACGGACGUCAGGAGAAACAUCUUCUGCGUCAUCAUGACCAGUGAGGAUUACCUUGACGCCUUUGAGAAGCUUCUCAGACUGGGUCUGAAAGGUCAGCAGGAGCGCGAUAUCGUUCAUGUUCUGCUCGACUGCUGUCUGCAGGAGAAAACCUUCAACGGCUUCUACGCAGUUUUAGCAGAGAAGUUUUGUGCAUAUGACAGACGCUUCCAGAUGACUUUCCAGUUCUGCCUGUGGGAUAAGUUUAAAGAUCUAGCAAACCUUUCGAGCAGUUCCUUUGCGAACCUCGUUCAGAUGGUCAUACAUCUCUUAACCAAGAAUUCCCUCUCACUCUCCAUCCUCAAGGCCAUAGAGUUUGGAGAACUCGAUAAGCCCAAGGUCAAAUUUUUGAGGCAGAUCCUCUCCAAACUCUUCCAGCAGACUCCAGAGGAGGAUCUGGUUCAGAUUUUCAGCCGGAUUUCUGGAAUUCCCAAGCUAGGAAUGCUACGUGAAGGACUGAAACUCUUCAUCAGGCACUUCCUGCUUCGGAGUGCACAGACGGAGGGAUCGCCCCUCACCACGAGGGCCGAGAUGGCCAUCAAGGCCAUGGAGGCAAAUGACGCCAAGCUCAAACUGUAGAAUACAAACUGUUUCUAUGUGAGAUUUGUGAUGAUGAUUUUUAGUAAUUUAACAGAUUUUGUCCAGCAGGUGGCUCUUCAACCCAACUUUCUAGAACGCUCUUUAUUCCUUUUGCAGUAUACAACAUUUUUUUACUGGAUGGAGCACUUCAUGAUAAUCAGGGAGCUUCAUCUGUGGAAAUAAGGAAAAAAUAUAUAUAUCACUUGUUGGAUUAACAACACUGAAUAUGCUUGAGCAUUUUAUAAUCUGGGAGACAGUGAACAUUCAUCUCAGUACUGAUGGUAAAGGACAAAGUGCAUGAGUUUCAGAAAAUGACAAGGACUUAUUCAAUAGGUGUCAAGUUUUGUAGUCUUUUGAAUAAAACCCUUAACAAAUGCUUUAUAAAAGUAUGUGACAUUUUGUGAAAUUAAUAAAGCAGGCUGGGUGAAGAAAGAGAGACGAAAAAGAAGGGAGGUUGUAUGUAAAACUGUUCAAAAAACAACUUGUAUACUUUAAAAAGAUAUACAAGGAUUGGCACAGCUAGCUGUUAUGAAGUAACUUGGCAAGAGUUUCAGGAGGACUUUCAAGCAAAAUACAUAAACGUUCAAAAAAAUCUUAACUGAUAAACGCUAGCUAGGAAGUUACGAGAAGCUAACAAGAUAUCCCCAGAGAGGAAAUAAGCUGGGGAAACAUUUAAUUUUUAGCAUUGUGUGUCUGAAAUGAUUAUAAAGGCUGAAGCUAAGGUUAUCUAUGAUGUAAAGAACCCAACCCUCACGCGCCACGGCUCGCACACGUGGUCUGCUAACACUGACCCGCGGAAUCAUAAUUUUUCCGUGUAUACUGUGGAUGGGGGAGAAAGAAAAGAAAGAAACGUCGAUGGUGUUGUGUGUUCAGGGGUGAAAUAUAGUCGCUCAGCUCCCGGACGUGAAUGACGCCGGUGCAUAGCAGAGGCUCGCCGCUACAUUCGAGGCCAGCUCCUGAUUAAUUAGCAACAUUAGCAUUGGCGCGGGCACAGAGCGGUCAGAGCGUGUGAGCGGGUCAUCCGGGGUCAAAAGCUCUGAGGAGAUGUUUCUCCUUUCAGCAGCCUUCUCUGCCUGCACUGGUGUUUGGGGGUUAACAUAAAAUAAAGACAUUUAGUUUGAGGAAAAGGGACUCAUUUUUAAUGAAACAACACCCUAUCAUAAACCUAAUGUCUAAUGGUUUCUAAUAGAUUUGAAUGUGUUUCUGUUGGUGUGUAAUAGAUAUUGGGGGGGGGUUAAUGGAUUUAUGCCACAUAGGGACAUUAUUAUGAUUUAGAUACCUUCAAGUCUUAACUUUUUACACAGGCCAUUUUCUUUGGCUUCAUGUUUCAUUUUAGAUCAAUUUUCCAUCUAAUUUUCUUGAGCAAUUUUAGUUAUUUUCAGGUGAAGUGUUCACAUGGAGGGCAUUUACUUUUGUUUUUCUUAUUUAUUUCCACAUGAUUAAUUGAUUUUCACACAGGAUUAUCGUGAAUAAUGUUUUUUUUUUUUUUUCCGUGUUACAAAUUAACAACAAUUUAACAAGUCUUAAAUAAUGUCCGAUAAUUUACUCCGGACUGUUAUAAAACUCACACGCUAGAGACUCCUUACAGAAAACUUCACUAUAUCCACACGCUUUAAAUCUGUUUAUAUGAAGCAUCCAUUGUACAAAUUCCUGUCUGUGAGUUGUUACUAUAGAAACAUUUACAUACAUUUACAUUUCUGGCGUUUGUCAUAUGCUCUUAUCCAGAGCGACAUACAAAAGUGCCUAGUUUUUAUUAUUAUUUUUUUUAAAUAUGUACAUAUAACAAGGAAAAUAAGAGCUAGUUUAAGUGCUUCAGGAAGAGGUAGGUCUUCAGUCGUCGCUUGAAGAUGGUCAGUGACUCGGCUGUACGGAUAUCUAGGGAAGUUCAUUCCACCACCUCGGUGCCAGAACAGAGAAGAGUCUAGCUGUAUACCUGCCUUUUACCCUGAGACACACUGGGACCAGUCGAGCAGUGCUAGUGGAUCUGAGGGAGCGAGGAACAAUAACAUAUUAGAUUAAUAUACACAUGUGAAUCACCUAAUGCUGUUAUAAAAAUCUAGAAUUAUUCAUCACCUUUUGACCAAUCAGAAUUAAACACCACUGUGAUGUAAAUAGUAAAAUCGGUAGUUAAUAUAGCAGUUUUUCAACAUUAGCCCCUUGUUAGUUUUUUAAAAUAUCCUUCUAUCCUUAACUUCUAUUCUAUGUUACCUGCUUCCUGUGCCUCGUUAAUAGAUCCUGGUUCUGGAAGACACUUUAAUUGUGCUCCUAAUCCACCGCUGUCUUAAACACAAUGAAAUGAAUAAAGGACUGUAUUCAGAGCAGAAUUUUACAAUGCUCCAAAGAUGCUGGGCUGUUCUAAGGAGCAAGUUAAAGUAAAUGAACGAUAAUUACAUUUAAUUACACUAAUAUAUGACUGACAGGUUUGGGGUAAUAAAGAAGAUGUACCAAAAGAUUAAGCAAAUUAUGUGCUAACAGGAAGUUCAGGUGGAUUUAACAAACAAUGUGUUACAUUAAAGGUCACAUAUUUGUAACUGAUUUAUGUUUAUGUAUUUUGUGUGUUUUUUUAUUUCUUGUACUAAAGUACAGCGCUUUGGUCAAUAAACAUCAUUUAAAAUGG